AUGCCGUCUUCUGUUCAUAUUUCCCCAGUGGCCUGGCUGCGAGGUGGUGCUUGUGGUCUCUGGGGGUUGGGUGCUGAUCUAGGCGGAGAGGCAGAGGCCGGAGGAGCCUGCACUGGAGGAGUGGCUCUGAGCCGCUCUGCUCUGCCCUCCCAUCAGACACUGGUAGGGGGCAGCCUUGGCAAUGGCAACGGACCCAGGAACAGAAUCACCCACCACAACAGGACCAAGUGGCGUGGUAACAGGCAAAAGCAACAGCAGGAGCAACAAAAAAAGGAAUGGACAUGGGAGGACGAAUUAGACGGAGAAGGACCCUGGGCUCAGCCUGGAGAAUAUCGCCGCCCCAAGGAAGAACUGGAGGCGAAGAAAGCGGAGAGGCGCCGGUAUGAGGAGGCAGCACGGCGACGCGGAUGGAAGCUCCUUGCUGCCAGUCUGCAAGGAGCUGCCAGAGCUGCCAGUCUGCAUGGAGCAGCCAGAGCUGCCAGUCUGCAAGAAGCCGCCAGAGCUGCCAAUCUGCAUGGAGCAGCCAGACCCGCCAGUCAGCAUGGAGCAUCCAGAUCCGCCAGUCAACCAGACUCUUCCAGAUCUGCCAGUCAACCAGACUCUUCCAGAUCUGCCAGUCAGCCAGACUCUUCCAGAUCUGCCAGUCAGCCAGACUCUUCCAGACCUGCAAGUCAACCAGACUCUUCCAGAACCGCCAGUCAGCCAGACUCUUCCAGAUCUGCCAGUCAGCCAGACUUUUCCAGAUCUGCCAGUCAACCAGACUCUUCCAGAUCCGCCAGUCAGCCAGGAUCUGCCGGAACCGUCAGUCUGCCAGACUCUUCCAAGCUAAUGAGCCAUAUUGGAUUGGAUUUCCAGUGAUGUCCCUGGAACCUGGACCACAUUAUACCACCGCCAUAUUGCUGAAUAGGGCUGAAUGGCACCAAAAAAUCUCUACGGAUCAUGGUGAAAAUGGCCGUAACUAGCAAAAGAUCAUGGUCGAUGUAAGGUAAGUAUAUUGUAACUAUUUUAAGCCCACAUACGCAUUAAGCCCACCUCCGUCUUUGAAUAUAUUUUUAAAAUACAAAUCAUAUGCUGUUUAAUAUUUCAAUCAAUUAAUCUGGUUGUUAGAUCAAUAACAGUGUUUUAUUCUAAGCCAAGAUACGAGAUACGAUUGUGUCAAGACAGAUCUGGGGAAGGGUAUGAAAACUUUUAUGCAGCAUUGAAGGUCCCCAAGAACACAGUGGCCUUCAUCAUUCUUAAAUUGAAUUCGUUUGGAACCACCAAGACUCUUCCUAGAGCUGGCCGCCCGGCCAAACUGAGCAAUCGGAGAGAAGGGUCUUAGUCAAGGAGGUGACCAAGAACCCGAUGGUCACUCUGGGAGUGCUCCGGAGUUCAUCUGUGGAGAUGGGAUAGCCUUCCAGAAGGACAACCAUCUCUGCAGCACUCCACCAAUCAGGCCUUUGUGGUAGAGCGGCCAGACGGAAGCCACUCCUCAGUAAAAUGCACAUAACAGCCUACUUGGAGUUUGCCAAAAGGCACCUAAAGACGCUCAGACCAAGAGAAACACGAUUCUCAGGUCUGAUGAAGAUUGAUCUCUGUGGCCUGAAUGCCAAGCAUCACAUCUGGAGGAAACAUGGCACCAUCCCUACUGUGAAACAUGGUGGUGGCAGCAUCAUGCUGUGAGGAUGUUUUUCAGCGGCAGGUACUGGGGGACUAGUCAGGAUCGAGGGAAAUAUGAGCGGAGCAAAGUACAGAGAUCCUUGAUGAAACCUUGCUCCAGAGCGCACAGGACCUCAGACUGAGGCGAAGGUUCAUCUUCCAACUGGACAAUGACCCUAAGCACACAGCAUAGACAAGUCGGGAGUAGCUUCGGGACACGUAUCCUUGAGUGGCCCAGCCAGAGCCCGGACUUGAACCUGAUCAAACAUCUCUUGAGAGACCUGAAAAUAGUUGCGCAUCGAUACUCUCCAUCCAACCUGUUUUUGCUUUGUCAUUAUGGGGUACUAUGUGUAGAUUGAUGAAGGGAAAAAACGAUUUAAUAAAUGUUAGAAUAAGGCUGUAAUGUCACAAAAUGUGGAAAAAGUCAACAGGUCUGAAUACUUUCCGAAUGCACUGUAUGAACAAACAUCUCUGGAGAGACCUGAAAAUAGCUGUGUAGCGACACUCACAUCCAACCUGAUAAAGCUUGAGAGGAUCUGCAACGAAGAAUGGGAUAAACUCCCCAAAUAAAGGUGUGCCAAGCUUAUAGCCUCAUACCCAAGAAGAUUUGAAGCUGUAAUCGCUGCCAAAGGUGCUUCAACAAAGUACUGAGUAAAGGGUCUGAAUACUUAUGUAAAUGUAAUAUUUCCUUUUUUUCUAUAUAGAUUUGCACACAAUUCUAAAAACCUGUUUUAACUUUGUCAUUAUGGAGUAUUGUGUGUAAAUUGUUGAGGAAAAAAAAACGAAUAAUUUAAUCUGUUUUAGAAUAAGGCUGUAAUGUAAUAGUCAAGCUGUCUGAAUAUUUUCCGAUCAGAUACAGUCCGUCCAACCGGGUUCACAACCGCAGACCACGUCUAACCACACCAGCCCAGGACCUCUCCAGCUUCUUUUCCUGCUUGAUCGUCUGAGAUUAACCGCCCGGACAGCUGAUGAAAUUGAGAAGUCUGUCUGUGUCUAAUAAUGCCCUUUCGUGGGGAAACCUCAUUCUGAUUGGCUGGGCCUGGCUCCCCAUUGGGUGGGUCUGACUCCCAAGUGGGUGGCCAAAUGCCCUCCCAGGCCCGUCCAUGACCGUGCCCCUCCCCAGUCAUGUGAACUCCAUAGAUUAGGGCCUAAUGAAUUCAUUUCAAUUGACUGAUUUCCUUAUAUGAACUGUAACUCAGUAAAAUUGUUGAAAUUCCAUGCUGCGUUUACAUUUUUGUUCAAUACAUAUACACACAGUACAAAGAUGUUUUAAAGUGACCGGGAUUGCGCAAUAAAGUUGGAGACAUAUUUCCAUUGUGAUCCCUGUUUUUUUUUUUACAUAAAUACAUAUACUAUUACAUAAAUACAGACACAUUACAGAGAUACAGACAAAACAUAUGCUUGACAUCCUGAUGAAUAUGAGGGGGGAGUUAAAGUACAAUUCUUACAAGCUUGUUUAGGCUGGUCUGUAGUUUAUUCUUUAGACGUUUGGGCCUGCUGGUGAACCGUGAUGUGAAGGCAAUCAAAGUGACACUGGACUAAAGCACUUGCCAGUCUUUUGGGUGUCAAUAUCUAGGUUUCCAUCCAGCUGGUGACAGAUUUUUAUGUGCAUAUUCAAAAAUGUGCAUAAAAACAACAUGCAGAUUUUCCCAUCAGAGAUGUGUUUUCAUCAAAUUGACUUGUUGGUUAAGUAAAUAGUGCAAGUUAAAUGGGUUUCCAUUACAUUUUCAACUCUAUAGGUACCGAUGUUUUUUCACCCCAAAAAUGUUGUGUUAUAUAGCAAAUGUAUGUUUCUUCUUUGUUGCUCUUUUUGUUUGUUGUUGUUUAUGUAUAUGUAUGUGUGCAUGUACUGUAUGUAUAUGUACUUAUAUGAAUGUGUAUGUAUAUAUUAUUUUGUGUGUGUGUUGCUGUUCUGAAUAUUCUUGUUGUGUCACUGUCUAUCUAGGGACAGGCACUGUAAAUUAGCGCAAGCUAACAUGUUAUUGUUGUAAAUUGCAAUAUGUCAGUGUUAUUGCAUCUGUCCCUACUCAAAUAAAUAAAA